CAUACGCUGCAUGCAACAUCAGAUCCUCAGCCACUCCGUGUGUGGAUCUGUUCGCAAAGGGCUCGGAGUGUCAAGAUGCCUUCUUUCAGCUGGCUGCUGGCUCUGUAUCUUGCAGCACUAACAGGAAACACUGAUGGUGCUGUUGCACGAGAAUCAACUGAGAGGAACUGCUCUUUGACCCCACCGUACCUCCCCAGCACAGCAGUAAACACCUCUCUCCAGCUGGAGGAGCUACGAGUGCAAAUGCGUGCCAUGAAUAUUUCUGCCUACAUUAUCCCUGCCACCGAUGCUCACCUGAGUGAAUACAUUGCACCACGUGACGCCAGGUUGGCCUUCAUGACUGGUUUCACUGGUUCUGCAGGCACUGCUGUAGUUACCCUGAACAAGGCCGCUCUGUGGACAGAUAGCCGCUACUGGGUUCAAGCUGAGAGACAGAUGGACUGCAACUGGGAGCUGGAAAAAGAUGUGUCCAUCAGCAGUGUGGCAGAGUGGCUUAUCUCAGAAGUGCCAAAGGGUGACGAGAUCGGCUUUGAUCCCUUCCUCUUCUCUCUCAAAACGCAGGGAGACUACAACAUCAAUCUGGACUCGAGCGAUCGCAGCCUCAAGUCCAUCACAGAGAACCUGGUCGACAAAGUGUGGAAGGAAAGACCGUCGGUCCCGCCUGACAACCUCACCCGCCUGCCUGACCGAGUCAUACAGAGGACCUGGCAGGAGAAAGUGGAGCACAUACGAACUCAGAUGGGGGACAAUCCAUACAAGCCCACAGGCCUCCUGCUUUCAGCGCUGGAUGAAACGGCUUGGCUUUUCAACAUGCGUGGCAAUGACAUCCCGUACAACCCUUUCUUCUACUCCUACACUCUACUCACAAUGGAUGAGAUCUGGCUCUUUCUCCACGUGGAGCGGGUGACUGAAGAGUUGAAGGUGUACUUGAAUGCCUCUUGUGAAGGGGCCCUCUGUGUGCAGCUAAAAGGUUAUGAUACCAUCCUCGAUCAUCUGAAGAACUAUGUGACCAGGCCUGGGGUUAAGGUGUGGAUCGGUACAGAGUACACAAACUACGCUCUUUAUGAGGUCAUUACACCACAGGACAAACUAUUGACAAGUUCCUACUCUCCCGUGCUGACGACAAAAGCUGUGAAAGAUGAGACUGAGCAGCAGAUUUUACGGGAUGCUCACGUGAGGGAUGCCGUUGCUGUUAUCCAGUUCCUGAUGUGGCUGGAAAAGACCGUGCCAGAGGGGAAUGCGACUGAACUGACCGCUGCAGAAUACGUCGACAAGUGCCGCAGCAAACAGAAGGACAGCAGAGGCCCAAGCUUUGCCACCAUUUCUGCAAGUGGACCUAAUGCUGCUCUUGCCCAUUACAGCCCUACAAAAGAAACAAACCGGAGGUUGACAGUUGAUGAGAUGUACCUGGUUGAUUCUGGUGGCCAGUAUCUAGAUGGCACCACUGACAUCACUCGGACGGUUCACUGGGGAAAGCCCACAGAAAUGCAAAAGGAGGCCUUCACUCGAGUGCUGAUGGGAAACAUUGAGAUAUCCAGAACCAUUUUUCCCUCCGGGACAAGAGGUGUGAACAUGGAGAUGCUGGGUCGCCGGGCAUUGUGGGAGGUGGGCCUGAACUACGGCCAUGGCACAGGUCACGGUGUCGGAAACUACUUCGGGGUUCAUGAGUGGCCUGUUGGCUUCCAAAGCAACAACAUUGGCUUCAGAGCCGGCAUGUUCACGUCUAUCGAACCUGGAUAUUAUAAGGAGAAUGACUUUGGGAUCCGGAUUGAAGAUGUUGCAGUGGUCGUACCGGUUCAGACAAAGUAUGGAAAUAACUACCUGACCUUUGACACUGUAUCACUGGUUCCAUAUGACAGAAAGCUGAUUGACAUGUCACUGCUCAGCUCAGAGCAGCUUCACUGGCUGAAUAAAUACUACGAGACAAUCCGGAGCCUGGUGGGUGCUGAACUGGACAAUCAGGGCCUUCAUGAGGAGAAGGACUGGAUGCUUAGAAACACGGAGCCUUUCGCUGAGAUUGGCUCGUCUGCCUCCGUCUCUUCGUCCUCGCUGACCCUCAUCGCUCUGGCUGUCGCUAUGCUCCACAAUAUCGUCUGAGCAUCUCCAUCUCCACUGCACUUACUCCAUUCGCAGCAGACUUGCACACUGUUACUCCUAUGCAGUCUCAGUUGAGCAGCUAUACCGGGUUGAGAGAUGCAAUUUAACUUCUUUUUUUUUUUUAUUGAAAGAUGUAUUUAAUAAUUGAAUUAUGUUGGUAAAUGUUUGAUGUGGAGUUUUAAAUGAUUUGUUGUGAUAAUUUAGAGGUUUUAAACUGGACAUUUGUAUGACCAGAUAAUAUUGUUUCUAUUUUAUUAAAGUAAAGACUAAAAAAAAAAGGGUUUGUUAA